GAUCCCGUCGCGUCGGCACGCCGCCACCGCCGCUGUUCUCUCGCCCACACCGCAAAUCAAUAUCGCCGUAUUUACCUUGUUCUCCUACACGCUUUACUACUACUAAACAUUUUAUUGACGUUAAAAAGUUUUAUUGCGUCGUGCUUCAGUACAUGGCAGUAAUUCAUCACAUCCUCGUUGUCUUUUAAAUAGUUUAUCGCCUUCGACGCGCUAAACUAGAAAAGUAAACAAUCGACGCGAAAAUAACACCUAACAGCUGUUUAAUCGCGACAACAGCUGAGAGCAAAUGAAUAACUUUCUAGCGGUUAAUUUUAUUUUCAGUCUCUAGACUGACAAAACUUAAAAAAUGCCAGUAACCAGGUAAAUAGUUUUGAAUUUGUCGCCGAAUCGAUGAAGUCGAGACCGGACGAGGAGUUGGAGCGGCGCGACGUUUUAAAUUUACGACGUGCGACUAAAUGACGAGUGCGCAUGGUGUUCACAUCUGUAAUAGAUUCUGUGAUAAAUGCUCACGAUUUGAGCGUGUAUACGUGUGGUCGGGCGAAGGCCGUGAGUUACGCAGAGGCGACGCUGUCGCUGCGGGGAAGCUGGCGAGGUGCGCGGGCGCGGCGCGUCGUCGGCUGUGACGCGUCCUGCCGCUGCUCGACGCUCGGCGUGUCUCCCGCGCCUGCUCCGUCACCACUCAGCUUCAGUACAACCUUGCACGCGCUGAGGACAUGUCCGUGUUAUGGAUUACCAAUGCAUCGUCGUGUACACGGUCAUCAACAUCGCGCCGCCACGGCUCUCGGCGCAGGCCACCGAGUUCUCCAAUGGAUGUGUCACCUGGUUCAAAAAUAAAAUCAAAAGAGCGGUAGCGGUGUAUCUGCAAUCACUGAAACUGACACCAAGCAAUGGCAUUAUUCACGGAAACUUAGCAUGUCUGUACUACAAACAAGGCUUUAUCGACCUAGCAAUAGAGACGUAUAAGCGAGCAAUAGAACUCCAACCAGAUUUCCCAGAUGCCUACUGUAAUCUUGCAAAUGCUCUUAAAGAAAAAGGCCUCGUAUCCGAAGCGGAAGAAUGUUAUAACAAAGCUUUACGUUUAUGUCCCUCGCAUGUCGAUACACUCAAUAAUCUCGGAAAUGUCAAAAGAGAACAGGGAAAAAUUGAGGAAGCUACUGAAUUAUAUAUGAAGGCUUUGGAAGUGUUCCCUAAUUUUGCAGCGACUCACAGCAAUUUGGCCUCUCUGCUACAACAACAAGGCAAACUCGGCGAAGCAUUGAUGCAUUACAGACAGGCUAUAAAUAUUCAGCCGAAGUUUGCAGACGCUUACAGUAACAUGGGAAAUACUCUUAGAGAAUUGCAAGACGUAACAGGGGCACUUGUAUGCUUCAGGAAAGCAAUUCAAAUAAAUCCAUCGUUUGCCGACGCACACUGUAAUUUAGCAAGCAUCUAUAAAGAUAUGGGCAACAUUGAUGAUGCAAUUGAAUCAUAUAAAAACGCUUUGAAAUUCAAACCCGACUUUCCUGAUGCUUACUGCAAUUUAGCGCAUUGCUUACAAAUAAUUUGCGACUGGGAUGAUUAUUAUGAAAGAAUGCAUAAUAUUGUGUCAAUAGUUGAAGAUCAAUUGAACACAGAUAAGUUGUCUUCGGUACAUCCACACCAUUCCAUCUUAUACCCAUUAUCUAACAAAGCAAGAAAAGAAAUUGCUUCUCGACAUGCUAAUUUAUACACCGAAAAAGUAAAUAUUAUGUUGAGUAGUAUUACUUUUCAUCAUAGAAGGGAAUUAAACGGAAGAUUACGAAUUGGCUACGUGAGUAGUGACUUUGGGAAUCAUCCAACUUCUCACUUAAUGCAGUCCAUCCCUGGAUUGCACGAUCGUUCGAAAGUCGAAAUAUUUUGUUAUGCUUUGAAUGUGGAUGAUGGAACAACAUUCCGUAGUAAAAUAGUAAAAGAUUCUGAGAAUUUUGUUGAUUUGUCUUCUGUUACGUGUAAUGUGGCAGCUGCCAAAAAAAUUUAUAAUGACGGUAUAAACAUUCUGAUAAACAUGAACGGGUACACAAAAGGCGCCCGAAAUGAAAUAUUUGCAAUGAAACCAGCUCCUAUACAAGCUAUGUGGUUAGGCUACCCUGGUACAAGCGGUGCCAAAUACAUGGACUAUGUGAUUACUGACGAAGUCUCAUCUCCGUUAUCUGCAGCAUCGGAUUUCAGUGAAAAAUUUGCAUAUAUGCCGUACACGUAUUUUAUCGGGGAUCAUAGACAGAUGUUUCCGCAUUUGAAGAAACAAUAUAAAGUAAUAUUUAAUUAUAAUAAUGAAAAUAAUGACCAAAAUGUGGCUCUACUCAAUUCGUCCGAAUGCGUAGAUAUUGAUGACUUGUUUAAUGUAAUUCAUGAGAGUGAAAUGAUUAAUUUUGAAGAAUUCGAGCCAAUUGAAGUAAAUGUAAGCAAAGUAAACAUUCCGAAUUACGUAAAUGAAACGACAAUAAACCCUAAACAAACCCAGGUAUUGGUUAAUGGCGUAAAAAUAAUCAAUGGUAUAUCAAUAAAUUAUAGUAAUAAAAAGAUGGCUUCUGGCGAAGAAAUAUUUGAUAGUAUUGUAUUCACGUCGAGGAGACAGUACGGUCUUCCUGACGAUGCUGUUGUGUUUUGUAAUUUUAAUCAAUUAUAUAAAACAGAUCCGAGAAUUGUCGAGUCUUGGGUGAAUAUACUUAAACUAGUGCCAAAUAGCAUUUUAUGGUUAUUGAGUUUUCCAGCUGCUGGCGAGCCGAAUAUUCAAAAAUACGCCCAAAGUUUAGGGUUAUUGCCCGGACGUAUUUUAUUUACGAAAAUUGCUUGCAAAGAAGAGCACGUACGCCGAGGGCAACUAGCAGACGUUUGCUUAGACACUCCUUUGUGUAAUGGUCACACAACUGCUAUGGAUGUCUUGUGGGCGGGUACUCCAGUCGUCACGUUACCUGGCGAAACUUUAGCUUCGAGAGUUGCCGCCUCGCAACUAAAAACUCUUGGUUGCUCAGAGCUCGUUGCCAAAAAUAGAAAAGAUUAUGAAGAUAUAGCUAUAAAACUGGGCAACGAUAAACAAUAUCGUAAAUACAUACGAGCUAAAGUGUCAAGAGCUCGGUUAGACAGCACUUUAUUUGAUUGCGAACAUUAUGCCCGUGGACUGGAGAAACUUUACGACAAGAUGUGGCAUCGGUACGAAGGUGGACAUAAAACGGAACAUAUAAAAAUUGAAUCAUAUUUACUAGAAAGUUAAGAUAUAGACCAAUAAAAUAAAUCGACCGGUAUUGUACAUCAGGACAUUUAGAGUUAUUACUCCGUCCAGAAGCCGUUUAUAGAAGAUGCCUAGAGCAUAGAAAUAAUCUUUAGAUAAAAGCAAGUUAACUUUAACAGUGAACUAUACAUUCGUUCUAUAAAUAAAAUCUUACGUAUACAAG